GGGAGGUUCACUGGCUGGGCAAAUAUAUUUAUAUAUAUGGAUUAUUUUUGAAGCUGGAUUUGCCAGGAAUUGCAUGGAGCUGUGAGCCUCUCCGUUGCGGGGUGCAGGGCACCCCUUCCCCCCAGUUUUGCACCCCACCCACCCACGCACCCCUUUGCACAACCCCCGGUUUGUUACUUUGCAGGGCACCCAAGGGUGCCCCGGGGGUGCCAUGGUGCUGCGGGGCCCCGAUCCGGGCCCCGAUCCCCGCUCCCCGCUGGCCCUGGGACUGAGCACCUUGCACACGCUCCUCUACGCCGGCCUCUUCCUCUUCGCCUACCUGCAACUCUGGCUGCUCCUCUACUACCGGGAGAAGCGGCUCAGCUACCGCACCGUCUGCCUCUUCCUCUGCCUGCUCUGGGCGGCGCUGCGCACCGUCCUCUUCUCCUGCUCCCUGCAGGGCGCCCUCCUGCCGCCCCACCGCCAGCCCCGGCUGCCUCCGUUCCCCCGCUGGCUGCUCCUCUGCUUCCCCGUCUGCCUCCUCUUCGCCACCGGCUGCCUCCUCAAUCUCUAUUUUGCAGAGGUAAGUGGGAUGGGGAGGGGGGGUCUCUGUGUGUUUCAAAUAAAUAUAUGUUUGUUUGGAUUUUUUUUGCAUGGUGUUUUAAAAACAGCAGAACAAAACAAGCGCGCGCGCGCACCCGGCAGCCCAGGCACGCCCCCCCCUUCCUCCUCCUCCUCCUCCUCCGGCUUGUUUGCCUCUUCUUGUUUACCACAUUCUGGUGCAUCUGCAAAAAAACUUGGGAUGGAUUUUCCUCCUCCUGGUGUUGGAGAAACCCAAAAGGUUUUCUUCCCCCCUGCAAGCCUUGGCUUGUGUGAUCUCUCUUGCAGUUUUUGCAGAGGUUGCAAGCGCACCCGGGCUUGCUGUGUAGAGCUCUUGUAAUUCUAGAUGUGCAUGUAAAAUAUAUGUGCUUUUUUCUCCUUUUUCUUGCAAAUAAGGGGCCAGCGCUUGCAGAGUACCAGCAACAGCCUCCCAGGUUGUCUCAGCUGGGGCAGGGAGCGGUGUCAGCCAUUACGUCAUCGCUCCGGAGCCUCUCCCCCCCCCAUUGUUGCUGCAUUCCUCCUCUCCCUGUUUUUGCUUUCUCUCCUCCUUCAGUGUCAAGACCUUUGAAAGGAUCUGGCUAUUAACCCUAUUCCCAUUUUACCUGCUUAGCCCUUUUGAUGGCAUCUCCACAUCAUCAUCAUCCUAGGAAACUAUUCUUUUAAAACUGUAAGCGAGUUUUACCACUUUCUAUAAUCCAGAAGAUGAAAGGGUCAGAGCUGAAAUAUUUUUGUGGCUGUUCCCCCCCCCCCUUUCUGCUGGGGUUAAUUUCCUACCCCUCCCACCCUGUGUCUUGCUGAUCAGCUGUUUCCAAACCCCUGCAAACUCCCCGUCUCCCAAAACAAAACAACAUUCAAUUAUCUGGCUUCAAGGUUUGGAUGUUCCGUUGAGCAUAUUGCAUUGCAACCCCCCUCGUUGUUGAGUUGGGAGUAGGUUACACCGGGUUCUUUGGGGGGUUAUUUCCAGGCAGGUACCCAGGAACUACAUACAGCCUUGAACACAAACCUCCUCCUCUCUCCCGAUUUCAGUUUUGGCACCCCUUGUCUGAACAGGAUGAUGUCCCCCACUCUACAGCAGUUGGCUGAAUUUCCUUAAAAUAUCCUUUCUUUUGGUGGGUGUGUUUCUUUUGAGUCUCGGGCAACACUCCCUCUCUCUGUGUGUGCAAAAGUGUCUUGUCACUUAGGAUGCGGUGUCAACAAUGAUUUCAUUCUCCCAGGGAUGUUCACGUGAUGAGCACGAGUGAGAGAGAUGCUGUUAUCCCCAGGAAAAAAUAAGCACUGGCUUCUCAAGGCUUGCUUUUUCGUAAGGCUCUCUCUGGGGUGGCGAAUGAGAGUUGAUGCGGGAGUGGCAACCUUAAGGCUGCAAUCCUCUAGCACCGCUGAGCGUGGUGUUGCUCUUCAAAUGGGUGUGCAUAGGAUCGAUGGACCGCAAAAUACUGUGCCGCACCUUCCGAGGAGAGGGGGUGACAUUUGCAGGUGGCAUCACCCAUAAGAGGUAAAGGGACCCCUGACCAUUAGGUCCAGUCGUGGCCGACUCUGGGAUUGCGGCGCUCAUCUCGCUUUACUGGCCGAGGGAGCCGGCGCACAGCUUCUGGGUCAUGUGGCCAGCAUGACUAAGCCGCUUCUGGUGAAACCAAAGCAGCGCACGGAAACGCUGUUUACCUUCCCGCCAGAGUGGUACCUAUUUAUCUACUUGCACUUUUGACGUGCUUUCGAACUGCUAGGUUGGCAGGAGCAGGGACCGAGCAAUGGGAGCUCACCCCGUCGUGGGGAUUCGAACCACCAACCUUCUGAUUGGCAAGCCAUAGGCUCUGUGGGUUAACCCACAACGCCACCUGCUUCCCAGCAUCACCCAUAGGCAUCCCAUAAUCCUUGCGAAGGCAAGCUAAGAGAUCAGGGCGGUAUUGGCUGGUUUCAGUGCUGUUACUAAAACAUGACAUACCAGUUGCAAGGUUUUAAGGCUAUCGAAGAGAAGCGCUAGAAGAGUCGUGCUCUUCAGAAGGUCUGGCUUAAGAGUAUGGGGCUUGAAAGUUGUUAAGCGUCAACCCAGAUCUCGCUGAAGAGCAGGCUCUUAACCAGGGGUUGGCAACCUAAGGCCCAUGGGCCACAAGUCGUUUAACCGGUCCAUGAACUGAGCCGCCGGCUAGGCAAGUCCCUGUGCACUGUGCUAAACCAGCGCGGCGUGGGGACUUGCUUCCACGGCGCCAUAAAUUGCGUCUGCACAUGCACAGAUGCCAAAAACCGCAGACACUGGAAAUCGCGGGCAUGCGCGUUGCGUGCGCACACUCCGACCCACAGAGGGCUCUCUGCUGGAGUGAAUUGGCCCAGGCGAGGUAAACCUUGCUGACCCCUGCUCUUAACCAUUUGUGUCCCCUGAUUCCCCCCUGGGUAAAGAGGACUACUGUAUUUUUCGCUCUGUAAGAUGCACCCGACCAUAAGACGCACCUAGUUUUGAGAGGAGGAAAACAAGAAAGCAACGCAAAGCCUCUUCAGCGAAGAGGGAGGAGCGCUUCCGCUGCGCUCAAGAGGCUUUGCGUUGCUAUCGCUGAAGCCAGAAGAGGAAGAGUGAUCGGUGCGCACUGAUCCCUCUUGCUCUCCUGGCUUCAGCAAUAGCUGCACAGCCUGCAUUCGCUCCAUAAGACGCACACACACAUUUCCCCUUACUUUUUAGGAGGGGAAAAGUGCGUCUUAUAGUGGGAAAAAUACGGUGCUUGUGAGGCGGUAAAGGCAACAAGAAAAGCUGCUGUUCCAUGGCAGGACACCUCUACUCUGACUGGCAGCCAGCAGCUCUCCAUGUUUUCAGAUGGGAGCUGCUCCCUGCCCUACCUGGAGUUACCAGGGACCUCCGGCAUGCAAGGAAGAUGUUCUGACACUGAGCCACAGAGCAUGUUAAGUUAUGCACCCAUUGGCUGUGCCCUUCUGCAAAGUGCAUAGGGCAAUUUCAAAUGGACUGUCCCCUGAUGGUUAGUAAGUUGGGGAUUGGGUUCGUUUCUGGAUUUUCUGCCUCUGGGGGCUCCCCAAAAUGUACCGUAUUUUUCACUCUAUAAGACGCACCAGACCACAAGAUGCACCUAGUUUUUGGAGGAGGAAAACAAGAAAAAAAAAACAUUCUGAAUCUCAGAAGCCAGAACAGCAAGAGGGAUCGCUGCGCAGUGAAAGCAGCAAUCCCUCUUGCUGUUCUGGCUUCUGGGAUAGCUGCGCAGCCUGCAGUCACCCCAUAAGACGCACACACAUUUCCCCUUACUUGUUAGGAGGGGAAAAAUGAGUCAUAUAGAGCAAAAAAUACGGUAUUUGACAAGCUCUUUCUCUAUGGUGUUCCCCUCAGAAUCUAGUGUUAAUUAAGGAUCUGGAAGCAUGGAGAACCAAGCAGAGCAGCUUGAGACCAAUGAGUUUAGGGAAGGACAGAGUUCCUUCUGCCUCACAAUGAGGUGUAUCUGCACUCCACAUUUUUAAACUGCAUUCAGUUUGUUUGCAGGUCUAAAGAUUGAGCUGAUAUUAUGGGGUGCAGCAGCGAGGCAGGCCUGUUGACUUUAGACUACAGGGUUAACUGAUGUAACAGCUCUUUAAAAUCAAAUCUGCAGAUUAGAAGCACUAGUUCUGGAGGAGGGGGAAAUCUAUCCUCGAUCUGAAGCUUGCAGGUUCCUCUUCUUCAACCAGACUCGAAGGGUGAAGCCAGCUUUCAAAAUGGCGGCUUGAGGUGGAAUUUGACGCAAUUGCCUCCUCCUGAACUCCAUGAGCUAUGAAUUCACAUCUCAAGUUAACCACGGAGCAAGGAGUCUUAACUUCAGUCCCUAGAGAUUGGUUGUGGGAACUGGUCUAAAAAUCUGGCUGCAUGGACAGACAGUAUCAAAGAGAAAAGGAAGACUUGAGACUGAUGAUUAACCCUGAGCAUAUCCUGUGCACACUUACUCAGAAAGGAAGACCAUUGCUCAAGCCUGUGCAUAUUUGCGGAGGGAUUUUGGAGAAGUCCCCUGCCCCCAAGGAGUUGUUGCCACAUAAAAAUUCAGGGGUCAGGGAUGGGGAGAUCAAGCCAAUGCAAUCCAAAUUGCAACUGAGGUGUAACUGGGAACAAAAAAAUGCAUGGAUAUGUGCCCCCUUCUCUAGAGGUCCAGAGGGCGGCAACACAAGAACAGGGCCUUCUCUGUGGUGGCUCCCUGUCUGUGGAAUGCUCUCCCCAGGGAAGUUCGCCUGACGCCUUCAUCACACACCUUUAGGCGCCAGGCAAAAGCGUUCCUUUUUAACCAGGCCUUUGGUUGAUCUUAUUGACCUUUUAGAAAGUGGCUUUGUGGGGGGGGAUGGGUAUUGGGUUUGUGCUUUUGGUUUGAUUUUAUAUGUUGUGGUCUUGUUGUGAACUGCCCUGAGACCUCUGGGUAUAGAGAAGUGUAUAAGUUGAAUUAAACAAUACCGUAUUGGCCCGAAUAUAAGCCGCACCCGAAUAUAAACCACUCCCUUAAAAUUCUGCAGGCACUCACACCCGUUCUGUUUUGCCGUAUGUCUGUUUCAGCAGCGAUAUCGUAAAAGCCAGUUUUUGUAAGGUCACGAAUUUAAGCCGCGCUUUAACUUUUCAUGGUCAGAAUUUGGAAAAAAGGUGAGGCUUAUAUUCAGGCCAAUACGGUAAUAAUAAUGAUGAUAAUAAUAAUUAAUAAUCUCACAUAUUGGGAGCUUGCCCCAGUUCCAUGAGCUACAGUUCAUGUCAUGGAAGGGGGCCGUGAAGAUUUUGCUGGAGAACGGGUCCCUUUUACAGAUCUGGAAUACUGAGUCAUGAAGCUUUGCGUUGCCCAAGAAUGCCAGUUUGUCUUCUGCCAGGGAAUGAUUAAGCAGAAACCACCACUGCCACCAUCUCCUUUGUAGAGAAUUCUUUAGCUUGCCCAGAGCACCACAGCUGGGAAGCAGGAACUCGAGUGUGUGCAGAGCAAAACACUUUGCCGUUUGCACAAUUCCCCUCACUGUUUCUCUUCUUCCCUUCCUCGGCAGCUCGGCAUUUUUGCAUACCCAUAAGACGAUCCCUGCAGCUUUGUUGUUGCUGUUGUUUAGUCGUUUAGUCGUGUCCGACUCUUCGUGACCCCCUGGACCAGAGCACGUCAGGCACUCCUGUCUUCCACUGCCUCCCGCAGUUUGGUCAAACUCAUGCUGGUAGGUUCGAGAACACUGUCCAACCAUCUCGUCCUCUGUCGUCCCCUUCUCCUUGCGCCCUCCAUCUUUCCCAACAUCAGGGUCUGGGGAAACCAUAGCUGUAACUAUACGGACCUUUGUUGGCAAGGUGAUGUCUCUACUUUUUGAGAUGCUGCCUAGGUCCCUGCAGCUAGAUGAGGCCAAAGGCCUUUCUCCUUCAGCAGUCCAUUCUCAUGGUGUCCCACCUUUCGGUAGUUCCCUUUUCAAAUAUUCAGUAUUUCGGCUUUCUUUGCUUUCAGGCAUUAUUAUUUUUUUGCUCUCAUGUGCGUGCAGCACUGUGUGUGCAUAUGUGUCUGUACCAGUCUGCGAAAUGUUCUUACACAAACCUACGGUGCCGCCGCGCUUGGAAUACCGCGUGCCGUUCUGGUCAGCUCACUGCAGAAAGGAUAUUGCACAGCUGAAAAACGCUCAGAAAACAACAGCAAAAAUCACAGAGAUGGAGCAACUCUCCAAAGAUGAAAAGUUUCAACAUUUGGGCAGUGCCAUAGCUGGGGGGUUAAAGAACCUUUUAAUGAGGGUGAAAGAGGAGAGUGCAAAAUAUGGUCUGAAGCUCAACAUAAAAAAAAACAAAGAUCAUGGCCACUGGGCCCAUCACCUCCUGGCAGAUAGAAGGGGAAGAAAUGGAGGCAGUGAGAGAUUUUACUUUCUUGGGCUCCAUGAUCACUGCAGAUGGUGACAGCAGCCACGAAAUUAAAAGACGCCUGCUCCUUGGGAGAAAAGCAAUGACAAACCUAGACAGCAUCUUACAAAGCAGAGACAUCACCUUGCCAACAAAGGUCCAUAUAGUUAAAGCCAUGGUUUUCCCAGGAGUGAUGUAUGGAAGUGAGAGCUGGACCAUAAAGAAGGUUGAUCGCCGAAGAAUUGAUGCUUUUGAAUUCUGGUGCUGGAGGAGACUUUUGAGAGUCCCCUGGACUGCAAGAAGAUCAAACCUAUCCAUUCUGAAGGAAAUCAGCCCUGAGUGCUCACUGGAAGGACAGAUCCUGAAGCUGAGACUCCAAUACUUUGGCCACCUCAUGAGAAGAGAAGACUCCCUGGAAAAGACCCUGAUGUUGGGAAAGAUGGAGGGCACAAGGAGAAGGGGACGACAGAGGACGAGAUGGUUGGAUAGUGUUCUUGAAGCUACCAGCAUGAGUUUGACCAAACUGUGGGAGGCAGUGGAAGACAGAAGUGCCUGGCGUGCUCUGGUCCAGGGAGUCACGAAGAGUCGGACAUGACUAAACGACUAAACAACAAUAGCUGGGGGGGGGGAGUGGGAUUUGCCAGGGUUUUUUGCCCCGGGUGAAGCCCCAGAGAGACGCCAUUGAGGCUCCCAGCCGCUGUGUGUGUACACAAAUGCGCUUGGGGUGUGUGGCAAACUGGAUCUUUGACUCGGGUGAAAUAAAGCCUAGUUUUGCCCCUGAUUUUGGGCUUUUUAGCUUAGCGAGAAGGUGAGCAAGGUGGGGAAUGACAGAACUGUAAAAUUAAGCAUGGAGGAAGUGGUUAGAGAGAAUAUUUUUAUUUCUCUCUUAAAACUAGAACUCAGAGCCAGCCAGUGGAACUGGAUGCCGGAAGAUUUAGGGCAGACAAUAGAAAGGGCUGCUGUCCUUCGUGCUUGGUUCAACUCUGAAUUUUACCAAACUGGCCAACAGCUUGGCUUCAAAAAGAUUGGAGAAAUUCAUGGAGGUUUGGGCUCUCUGUCGCUACCAGCACCAGUCCUGGUUUCAGGGUUCUCAACAUAGGUUGGUGACUGUGAAAAUAAUAAUAAUAAAUUUUUAUUUAUACCCCGCCCUUCCCGGUUCAGAAAACCGGGCUCAGGGCGGCUAAUAACAAAUUUAAAACACUUAAUUGAUGCAACAAAAAACAGCAUAAAAUACAGUAUAAAAUGUGAAUAACAAUAAAUUCAGAAUUCAAAAAUCAAUUUAGGGGGGAAAUCCAUCCAAUAAACAUUAGAUGAUCCCCAGGGCUAGCUGGCUAAAUUAGUCCUAUUUGGGCCAGCGAGGAGACCAGGGGAGAAUUAGCUGUGGGAUCCCAGAGCGGGUAAUCUUCAUAAAAGGGGAGGGGGAGGGAAGGAAGGGGAAUAAAAGAUCAGGCUAAGUUCAAAUUGAAAGCCAGGCAGAAUAGCUCUGUCUUACAGGCCCUGCGGAAGGAAGUUAAAUCCUGCAGGGCCCUGGUCUCAUGGGACAGAGCAUUCCACCAGGUUGGAGCCAUCACUGAGAAGGCCCUUGCCCUGGUAGAGGAUAGUCUGACUUCCUUAGGGCCCGGGACCUCUAAACUAUGGUUAUUCAUGGACCUUAAGCAUCCCAAGAGAGGCGGUCCCGUAAAUACGAGGGCCGUAAGCCACAAGAGGAUGGAUGGGCUAGCUGGGACUUUGUUCUCAUCCAGAAGGCUCUUAUAUUCGUUAAGGAGGAAAAGGGAGUGUGUUUCUGGCCUUGUUUCCCUGAGUGAAGGCUGUAUUGUGGAUUUACUCCGCAGUAAGGAGGAUCCGAAACCUGCAUUACAAGGGGUUCGGCUGGAUGAACCUGGGGGUCCCUUCCAACUCUACAAAUCUAUGAAACAAAGUGUUAUGCCUGCCCUGAAACUUCUGCAGGCACAAACAGUACGCAAAGCGGGCUUGCUAUAUUUUUUAUUUUUUAUAUUGAGUUUAUUUACAGCACAUACACACACUUGUCGAACUAAACAUGAAAAUAAUAGUACAGAAUGAAAAGAAAAACAAACAACAACAAAACACCAAACAAGAAAAUACAAAUAAAACGUGAUAAACGUAAGAAAACUUAAACGAAACAAAUAAUAAUAUAAAUAUAUACCAUAUUUCAGUUCUUCUUUUCUUCUAAUUGACUUCCUUCAUCCUCAACACCGGCUUGCUUAUCGUCGUCUUCUUUGGUGAUCACUCGUAGCUAAGAUUGUCUUCCAUAAACAUGGUUUUAACAAUGAGUCCAUAAGUGACAGUGGAGGCCAAUUCUGGAUCCACACAUCCUUCCACAGUGGGGACAUUGGUUUCCAGGCGGGAGCUGAACAUGGUGAGGGUUUGCCAAGCGUGCCUUCUUAUUGUUUUAUUGUUGACUUCUGCCUGACUCUGGCUCCUGACAAAAUAAGGGCUCUUGUGCUCGAAUCCCGCUUGCUGGUUUCCCACAGGCAACUGGUCGGCCACUGUGAUAAUGGGAUGCUGGGCUGGAGGGGCCAGUGGCAUGUUAUGUACUGAAGUUCUCACCCUGGGCCAGCAGGGGGAUACUGUAGACAGUUUUCACUCAGGUCCACAUAUGCAAAUAAGGGAUUGAAAGUGACGUUCAGUGAUUGGAUAGUUACAGAAAGUGGUUACUGUUGUGUUGUAGUGGAGCUCUAUAUAAGCAGGCUGGCUGAACCCUUCAGUUCAGUUCUGUUCUGGCCUGUGAAUAAACAAGAGCUGUCUGAAGAAUCGCUGUGUCGUCUGAUAUGUUCACCCACAACUUAACACAGCAGGCGGUUCGUAUGUCCUUAACUCGCAUUACUCAAUCCUAGACGUGACCAGAAACACAGCUAGGCUCCAAAAUUCAAAGUUCUCCAGUUCGAAACAGCAGCUGAAGCUGUCAGUGUGGAUGCUGGAACGCUGGGGCAAACUGCUCAGGGGGACUCAUUCCUAGCAGAAAAUUCAAAAGAAAACAGGUCCUGGUUUCCUUGUGCAUCAUGGGAAUAAGCUCUUCUUCUUCUUCGUUGGCGAUCACUCAUAACCGAAUAAGAUUGUCUUCCAUAAUCACGGUUUUAACAGCCAGUCCGUAAGUGACUGUGGAGGCCAAUUCUGGAUCCACACGUCCUUCCGCAGUGGGGACACUGGUUUCUGGGCAGGAGUUGAUCACGGUGAGGGUUUGCCGAGCGUGCCUUCUUCUUAGCACAUUUCUCCCUUGCGUCCUGAGUUCGAGUGUCUGCAAAGCCCAUGACACCUUUGGUAAAGGCUGUUCUCCAACUGGAGCGCUCGCAGGCCAGUGUUUCCCAUUUGUUGGUGUUUAUACUACAUUUUUUUAGAUUUGCCUUGAGAGAGUCUUUAAACCUCUUUUGUUGACCACCAGCAUUACGCUUUCCAUUUUUAAGUUCAGAAUAGAGUAGUUGCUUUGGAAGAUGAUCAUCAGGCAUCCACACAACAUGACGAGUCCAACGAAGUUGAUGUUGAAGGAUCAUUGGUACAUCGUCACAAAUGCACGAUGUAAAGGAUACCUGGAGGGAGCCCUAUGAUGGAAUAGGGGAAAACCUCACCCAAACCCACGUUUUCUCUCUUUCUGAACAGGUGAUCUUCAAAGUGAAGUGUGCCGCCGAAUUCAACAAAUACAAGUGAGUCUAACCUUUGGGGUGGUGGUGGUGCCUCGUAAUAAAUUAGUUAUGUAAAGGUAAAGGGACCCCUGACCAUUAGGUCCAGUCGCGACUCUGGGGUUGCGGCGCUCAUCUCGCUUUACUGGCCAAGGGAGCCGGCGUACAGCUUCCGGGUCAUGUGGCCAGCAGGACUAAGCUGUUUCUGGCGAACCAGAGCAGCGCACGGAAACGCCGUUUACCUUCCCGCCGGAGCAAUACCUAUUUAUCUACUUGCACUUUGAGGUGCUUUCGAACUGCUAGGUUGGCAGGAGCAGGGACCGAGCAACGGGAGCUCACCCUGUCGCGGGGAUUCGAACCGCCGACCUUCUGAUCGGCAAGCCCUAGGCUCUGUGGUUUAACCCACAGUGCCACCCGUGUCCCAAUAAAUUAGUUACCGCAGGUUUUAAUCGCAGGUUAAAAUUUGCCGCUGAUGAAUCAACGUGGCUUGAUAAAUGCGCAAAGGCACCCGAAGGGUCUGCAGUGGCGUCUGAGCCUCUCAGCCUUCUUUCAGGAAAGCACAAUUUUUUUCCUCCUCUUUCAUUUCGACAUGGCCUGUAUUUCGAAGGAAUUCUGUUUGGGAAGGAGGAACCUGGUGCCUCCCAGGUCUUUGGGACUACAGCUCAUGUCAGCUUUGACCAUUGGCCAUGCUGGCCGGGGCUGAUGGGAGUUGGAGUCCAAUACAGGUUCCCAGCACUCUUGCUGUGGCUUUCUAUAAAUAACUGUAGCACAGCUGAAGCAGAUGGUGCUCUCUUGGCAAAGCCUAGUGGAUUCAUAGGGAGGUACUCAACUACCGUAUUUUUCGCUCUAUAAGACUCACGAGACCAUAAGACGCACCUAGUUUUUAGAGAAGGAAAACAAGAAAGCAACGCAAAGCCUUUUAAGCGAGAAGGGAGGAGUGCUUCCGCUGCGCUCAAGAGGCUUUGCGUUGCUAUCCCUGAAGCCAGAAGAGCAAGAGGGAUCGGUGCGCACUGAUCCCUCUUGCUGUUCUGGCUUCUGGGAUAGCUGCACAGCCUGCAUUCGCUCCAUAAGACGCACACACAUUUCCCCUUACCUUUUAGGAGGGGGAAAGUGCGUCUUAUAGAGCAAAAAAUACGGUAAUUUUAUGCACUAGUGAAGUGGUCAUUCCUCCCUCAUAGCUUUUCCGUACGUGCAAACUGCACCAUCCCCAAAUCUGCUCCGGAGCAUUGGGGAAGCCCCCAGAAAAAAAAAUUAGGGGUUAAUGUGAGGAGAAGGGACUGUUUUGCCAAUUUAUGGAGGCCCUUUAUUCUAAAAAGACAGAGCUAUUCCGCCUGGCCUUCAAUUUGAAUUAGCCUAAUCCUCUAUUCCCUUUUCCCCUUUCCUCUUCUAUGAAGAAACCCUUUCUGGGACCCCACAUUUAAAUUCUUCCCUGGUCUCCUUGCUGGCCCUAAUAGGACCAACUUGGCCAGUUAGCCCUGGUGAUCAUUCAGUGUCUAUGGACUGGGAUUUCCACCCCCACCCCACCCCCAAAAUGACCCCUGAAUUUUAGAAUUUUAUUGAUAUUGAUGCUGCAUUUUAUGUUGUGUUUUAUGCUGUUUUUAAGUCACAUUUUAAUCAAUGUUUUAUAUUUGCUGUUAGCUGCCCUGAGCCCGGUUUUUAAACCGGGAAGGGCAGGGUAUAAAUAAAAAAUUAUUUAUUAUAAUAGUUCGGAUUGCUGGUAUUCAAGGGGUUGGACAAAUGCCCCUUUUUGAGAAGACAUCUGAUAAACCAAAAGUAUAUGAAGGAGAGAUCUCAAAUGGCCCUUUUUUAAAAAAAAUACAUGGGGUUAUUUUAUUUCUUAUACAAAUAAAGAGGCACAUAGUUACUCAGUGCCACCAGUAUGUACAAAUGUCCAGUUCAUUUGAGACUAUAUAGCGCCUUUAUUCUCAAUCAUGGAACUCACUGGUGGGCAAUACUUUUAUAAACCUUAAUUGUUUGUAAAUGGGAUAUUUGUAUGGGUUAAUACUUUAUUCUCCCUUUGGAGCUGCAUGGUAUCUUUGACCUUCCAGCCUGCAAAUGCUUUUAUGGUUUAAAUCUUUGAUUCUUUGUUUUCUGUCUGUUUACACUUGUUGUUGCUAACAAAUCAAUAAAAAAUAAUAAUAAGAGUUACAAUUAAAAGAAACAGUGUGGAUUUAGGGAGAGAAAGAGAGAAUAUUCUGUAGCGCAAGGAUAAAUCCUUCUGCUGAUAGGCCAUUCACCUUAUUGCUAUGCUGAAUACAACCCACAGGUUUUGAGAGCGCUUUAUCUUCUGUAAUACCGAUGGAUCUUGAACUUGUUUGGCUUUUAACGCUCUGUACUUAAACAGAUUUCUUUCCCCACUUGGCUUCCAUCUCGCUCCACUGGGGUCCUCUCUGCCCCCUUUCCUUCCCCUUUGUCUCCUGCAGCUAAUGUCUUACUGCGCCUUAAGGCAGGAAUAGCCAACAUGGUGCUUCUAUGUAUCGCUAUAAUAAUAUAAAUAUAAAUAUUAUAAAUAUAAAUAAAUAUAAUAAAUUUAAAUUUAAAAAAUAUUUACAUCCUGCCCAUCUGACUGGGUUUCCCCAGCCACUCUGGGUGGCUUACAGCGUAUAUAAAAACAUAAAACAUUAAACAUAAAAAACCAGAACAUCUAUUAAAAUUUAUCAGAUUUUGAAAUGCAGAAACAAAGAAAAUCAUCAAACCAUUAAUUGUAGCAUGUGGGGGGCACCUAAAUUGUAUAAUUUGUCAUCUCAAUGAUUGCUAUUAUUAAUUGCAUUAUAAUUGGCAUUGUUAUAGUGAGGCUAUUGGACUGUUGUAAUUGAAAACUAAUAAAAAUUCUUAUCAAAAUAAAAAACAAAAAAAACUGCAAUCUCUUAUACAGACCAUAAAUAAACCAGUAGAAACCAAGAAUAAGAAUAAACAGUUUACAUCUAUACCCAAAUUAAAAUAACAUCCAACUAAACAUUUAACCAACCCCACCCCGACGAAAACAAAACCGAGGAACCAAAAUUGAAACAUUUUAGCCAGUUGCCCCAACCCAAGAGUUGUUAAAUGGGAUUACAACUCCGUUCUGGAUUUACGUAUGAGAUAAACAAGCUAUAGUUUAAAGCCCCACUCUCUUGGGGGCCCCAAAAAAAAUUUAAAGGAAGAAAACCUGGCUGUACAUCUCCAAAAUAUAAGAUAAAAAACAAAUGAAAUAAAACCUACAUACAGCAACAGUGUUUUGUGUUGUGUAGGCUCCUGUGAUGUAAGUCAUGGGUCCCGCCUGCUCCCUAAAAUAUCACUGGUUUGCUCCUUUCUAUAUAUAGGGUGCCUACAUUCUGCAUGGACUGGUUGCAUGGCUUGAGAUACCUAUCAGGUCCAUAAAUUACCAUAUAGCAUAUAUUCAACACAAAAACCAGCGACAAUUUGUUGUUGACAAAGGACAGCUGGACAUAUAAAGGGCCCCAUUACCUUCAGUAGCUAAGGGCCUCAUCAAACCUAAAUCUGGCCCUGGCUAUGUCCCAGAGCAUCAAGCAAGACAGCAACUGCGGUCCAAUGACCAGAAGGCCUCCAUGUUGGGACACGGAUGGGAUAACCUUCUGUUUCCGUUUCCAGGGCCACCCUGUACGUGGGCUCCAUCCUCACCAGCCUCCUCUUUGUCUUUGUGAAUUUGACGUGCGCAUUGCUGGCGCACGGCGACCUCCCUGAGGACCAGCUGCGGUGGACGGUGUACACCCGGGCUCUGAUCAACGACAGCCUCUUCAUUCUCUGCGCCGUGCUGCUAGCCUGUUUCAUGUGCAAGCUGUCCAAAAUGUCUUCGGCCAAUGCUUACCUUGAGUCCAAGGUAAGGGACAGCAAGGGUUGGUGGGUUGGUUUGUUGUUGCUCUUGCUGUUGUUAUUGUUAUUGUUUUCCCUCGCCUUAAACUCUCCCAUUUCUGAGGAAGGACAUCGAGUGGCUGGUCUCCGCAAAGGUAGGGUGUGGUUGUUAAAGUGGAAAAUUGGUACAGCCAGAAGGGCGGGGUAUAAAUAAUAAAUAUAUUAUUAUUAUUAUUAUUAUAUUUAUUAUUUAUUACUUUGGUUCUCAAACUUAAUCCGUUCCGGAAGUCCGUUCCAAAACCAAAGCGUUCCAAAACCAAUGCGUGAUUUCCCAUAGAGAGGAAUGCAAAACGGAUUAAUCUGUUCCAGACUUUUAAAAACAACCCCUAAAACAGCAAUUUAACAUGAAUUUUACAGCUGUCCAUGGAGGCGCAGGUUAAUUCUAUGUCCAGUUCAGCUGUUUAUCAGCUUCAGCUGCUACGCAGGCUGAAGAAGAAUAAGAGUUUGGAUUUGAUAUCCCGCCUUUCACUCCCUUUAAGGAGUCUCAAAGCGGCUGACAUUCUCCUUUCCCUUCCUCCCCCACAACAAACACUCUGCGAGGUGAGUGGGGCUGAGAGACUUCAAAAAAGUGUGACUAGCCCAAGGUCACCCAGCAGCUGCAAGUGGAGGAGCAGGGACACGAACCCUGUUCCCCAGAUUACGAGUCUACCGCUCUUAACCACUACACCACGCUGGCUCUCAGGUGGCUGAGCCCUACCUGUCCACAGACUGUCUCGACAGAGUGGUGCAUGCUCUAGUUACCUCUCGCUUGGACUACUGCAAUGCGCUCUACAUGGGGCUACCUUUGAAGGUGACCUGGAAACUCCAACUAAUCCAGAAUGAGGCAGCCAGACUGGUGACUGGGAGUGGCCGCCGAGACCAUAUAACACCGGUCAUGAAAGAUCUACAUUGGCUCCCAGUACGUUUCCGGGCACAAGCCCUAAAUGGCAUCGGCCCAGUAGACCUGAAGGAGCGUCUCCACCCCCAUCAUUCUGCCCGGACACUGAGAUCCAGCGCCAAGGGUCUUCUGGCAGUUCCCUCAUUGCAAGAAGCGAAGUUACAGGGAACCAGGCAGAGGGCCUUCUCGGUAGUGGCACCCGCCCUGUGGAACAUCCUCCCAUCAAAUGUCAAAGAAAUAAACAACUUUCUGAUGUUUAAAAGACAUCUGAAGGCAGCCCUGUUUAGGGAUGUUUUUAAUGACCGGUGAUUUAAUGUACUUUUAAUCUUUUGCUGGAAGCCACCCAGAGUGGCUGGGGAAACCCAGCCAGAUGGGCGGGGUACAAAUAAUAAAUUAUUAUAAUAAUAAUAAUUAUUGAGUCUGACAGCAGAGCAAGAGCCACUUUCAUUUCCCUACCCAUCCACAACUCUUUUUAUGGACGCUACCUGCCUCUGUGACUCUUUCCCUUUCAUGCCUCUGUGGAAUGUUGGUGAACGUUCCGUGACCCUGCAGCCCAUUUCUCAAGUUCCAACACGUAUCUGGUUUUGGAAGAGCAGGCUGCCCGUACGGAAUCGGCAAAAAAACACACCAAAGUAGCUCUGAAUAAAUUUGCAUCAAUUAGCAUAGAUUAUUCAUGGAGCACAGUCCGUUGUGCACGGAGCUUUACGGGCUUAACCGAAGCGAGAACAGACAGGUCUCUACCCUGGGCGAUGAUCUCUAAGGACAUGGCGUCUCGCCUCCCACCCACCCACCCCCCGCUCCAUGCCUGAACCGCUUGCUUUUAUCUCGUGUCUGAAAAUACCGUAUUUUUCGCUCUAUAGGAUGCACUUAUUCCCCUCCAAAAAUGAAGGGGAAAUGUGUGUGUGUCCUAUGGAGCGAAUGCAGGCUUUCGCUGAAGCCUGGAGAGCGAGAGGGGUCGGUGCGCACCGACCCCUCUCGCUCUCCAGGCUUCAGGAAGCUAUCCGCAAGCCUUUGGAGUGCUGCGGGAGUGCCCGCUGAAGGCUUGCGGAUAGCAGCCUGCAGCCCGAAGCCCGGGGAGCCGGAUGGCUGCGCAAAGCCUCCCCUGAAGCCAAAACAGCAUGAUGGAGCGCUGCGCAGCCCUCCGUCUCGCUGUUCUAGCUUCGGGAUGGCUGCGCAAAGCCUCCACAGGGCAGCGGGGUGUCUGCACCCCGCUGCCCUGCGGAGGCUACAAAGGAUGUCUCCGAAGCCUCAAGCCUUUGGAGUGCAGCUGAGCUCCAAAGGCUUCAGGGAUCUUUGAGGCUGGCGGUGGGGGAAAGCAGCGCUUCCCCCCACUGCCAGCCCCACAAGCUCGGGGGGGCAGCGGCAAGGCUGCGCGCAGCCUUUGCGCUAUUCCCCGACCUGCUCUUGAACGCACCUUGUUUUAGAGGGGGAGAACGAGAAAAAAAUUUUUUUCCCCUUUUCUCCCCCUCCUAUGGUCCAGUGCGUCCUAUAGAGCGAAAAAUACGGUAAGUGUCUGGGCCAAAUAAUAAAAUAGUAAGAGCAUCCUCUCCAUCUUCGAGGCUGGUAGAGUAAGAGAUUCCUUCUCUGUCGCAUCUGAUUCUUUGUGAACUUGGCAUGUUCAAAUAUUUAAAAGCUGUUUUUCUUGAAAGAAAGAAAGAUGAACAGCUCUUCCGGUUCAGUUCUCUCGUGAACAAUUUACCCAGCGUAAAAACAACCACUUAAGAAGAAAGAUCUGAGCACCAGCUUCCUUUAUUUUUAAUGCCCUCUUUCAGUGUAUAUGUGUUUUUCUUUUUAAAAACAAACUAGGGCACAUCUGUCUGCCAAGCCUUGCUUGUGGGUUCUGUCGUCCUCCUCCUGUACUCCUCGAGGGCCUUCUAUAACCUGGUGGCGGUGGCAAUCUCGCCGGACCACGUGCCCAGCCCCUUCAACUAUGGCUGGGAUAACCUUUCGGAUAAGGUCAGUGGGCUUUGAUCCAGGUGUUUCCGAAUUUCCAUAUAAGAACAGAAGAAGAGUCAGUGGCCCGCCUAGUCCAGAAAUCCUGUCUUCUCAUUGGCUGAGCAGAUGCCUGUGGGAAACCCGCAGUCAGGAUUCGAACACAAGACCCGCUCCAAGGUCGUUUCCAGCAACUGGUAUUCAGCUUUGCUGCCUCCAACUGUAGGGGCAGAGCACAGCCUUCGUGGCUAGCAGCCCUCGAUAGCCCUCUUCUCCUCCAUGAACUUGUCCAAUCCUCUUUUAAAGCCCAUAAGUACGUUUCCGAGCACAAUUCAAAGUGUUGGUGCUGACCUUGAAAGCCCUAAAUGGCCUCAGUCCUGUAUACCUGAAGGAGCGUCUCCACCUCCAUCGUUCUGCCCGGACACUGAGGUCCAGCGCCAAGGGCCUUCUGGCGGUUCCCUCCUUGCGAGAUGUGAGGUUACAGGGAACCAGGCAGAGGGCCUUCUCGGUGGUGGCACCCUCUCUGUGGAACGCCCUCCCAUCAGAUGUCCAAGAGAAAAACAACUACCAGACUUUUAGAAGACAUCUGAAGGCAGCCCUGUUUAGGGAAGCUUUUAAUGUUUAAUAGAUGGUUGUAUUUUAAUAUUCUGUUGGAAGCUGCCCAGAGUGGCUGGGGGAACCCAGCCAAAUGGAUGGGGUAUAAAUAAUAAAUUAUUAUUAUUAUUAUUAUUUAUUAUUAUUAUUAUUAUUAUUAUUAUUAUUAUCUAAGGUGGUGGCCAUCAUGGCCUCCUGUGGCAAUGAGUUCCAUAGUUCAACUGUGCACCAUGUUGAAAAGUACCUUCUCUCUUAUCGUUCCUGAAUCUUCUAAAUAAGAGGUGUCCCGCAAUGGAAGUCUGUACUCGUAGGACAGUCAUCAAGGACAGUCCCAGACACAGCGUAGCCCAUGAGUAGGCAAAUCUAAGGCCUGGGGGCCGGAUCCAGCCCAAUCGCCUUCUAAAUCCGGCCCCCGGACGGUCCAGGAAUCAGCGUGUUUUCACAUGAGUGGAAUGUGUCCUUUUAUUCAUAAAAUGCAUCUCUGGGUUAUUUGUGGGGCCUGCCUGGUGUUUUUACAGGAGCAGAAUGUGUGCUUUUAUUUAAAAUGCACCUCUGGGUUAUUUGUGGGGCAUAGGAAUUCGUUCAUUUAUCCCCAAAAAAAUAUAGUCAGAGGGACAGUAGACCAGCCCCCUGCUGAAAAGGUAUGCUGACCACUGGCCACUGUAACCUAUCUCCUUGAGUGCUGGACUUGAAUCCAUGCCCUGUUCCUGCAGGUUCGAGGCGAAGAAGCCGGAAGCGAAGAAUACGUGGUUUUUGGGGUCGUCUUGUUCCUCUGGGAAUUUGUCCCUACAACAUUCCUGGUUCUCUUCUUCCGGGCUCAGAGGAUCACACAGAACUUGGUACGAUCACGCAGGGUUUGCACGGAUCAUCUACUUUUCCCAGUUAAAAACAGAGCGUGCCCCUCAAACUGUGAAGACCGCUUCGAAAGGAAAUGAUUAUUUUUUAAAAAGAUUUUGUUCAAGCAAAUCAAACAAAUUGAUAGAGCGGAAGUAAUGGAAGUGGCAAGAAGCAGCACAGUAUAUCCAAGAGAGGCUUAAUAUUAGUUUGGUGGGGUAUUGAAGACCAUGGGGAAAACAAAAUUUCACCACUGAGAGGGAGUUGUGUGUGUCUGUAUUUGUUGUGCGUAAGAUAAAAUCCCUCCAAAAUAGGAUUUUGGCGGUGGGGUGGGUGUGUACUACAUUUCUUUCUUUUCUUUUUUAUUUCUUUUUUUAUUUUCAGUGCAAAAUUACAACAAAAAUUACAAACAUUGAAUCCAAAAUAAAACAGUACAAACAAGGGAAAAAAACACAAGAGGAAAAAAGAACACAAAAAACAGAAACACACAUCUACAAAUAAAAGCAUAUAAUCAUUCUAAUCUAAUCAUUACAUACACACCGUAUUUUUCGCUGUAUUAGACGCACCGGACCAUAAGACGCACCUAGUUUUUAGGGGAGGAAAACGAGAAAUAAGAAAGGAACGCAAAUCAUCCUGAGCUAAGAGGGAACGCUAUUCCAUCUUCGCUCAGGAGGCUUUGCAGGGCUAUCCCUGAAGCCAGGAGAGCAAGCGGGAUCGGGGCGCACUGAUCCCUCUUGCCCUCCUGGCUCCAGCGCAAGCAAGCCUCCUGGCUUUCCCUCCACCUCCCGCAAGAGCCGUGUGCUCUUUAAAGGGAGCACGGCUCUUGGGGGCUUUUCUGGGAGGUGGGGGAAGGGACAGAGCCGCUCACUCUGUCCCUUCACCUACCUCCCGCAAAUGCCAGGGAUAGCCAUGUGAAGCCUCCACAGGGCAGUGGGAUGAAGGCUCCCCUUGCCCGGGAGAGGCUACGCACGGCUAAGGCUCCCCCAAGAGCCGCGCUCCCUUUAAGGAAGGCGAUGAGUUUGUGUGCGGCUCCAUAGCUGUCAACUUACUGAUUUGAAAAUAAGGGACCGGCAGCCUCGAAAAUAAGGGAUCAGCAGCCAAAAUAAGGGAUUUUCAGAGUGCAGGUAUGUUCAACUUCUGAGCCCCUCCAAGCCAAAGGCAGAAAGCCCAGCCAGCAGCCAAACGAAGCCUCAAGCGGUGGUUCCCACAGCGCAGCAACCCGGCAAAGGGGAUGCAGCAAGGAAAACCACUGUCACCUCUCCGCUGGGAAGCGCUGAGCAAAGGUGAGUCCCCAGGCAACGUGGCCAAUUUGAUCGGCACAAGGCAUGCAAGCUCCACCCCCCAGUCGUUCUUAGACUCCUUAUUGGGUGAGCAACGCAGCCAAGCAACACAGUUGGAGCCUCCCUCCUCCCUGGCCGGCAGGGAGGGAGGGAGAGGAGCUGCUUCCUUUGAAACCGGGAAAAUUUAAGGGACAUCAUCAAUAAGGGACAGCAGCGGGACACAGCGCUGGGAUAAGGGACUUUCCUGCCAAAUAAGGGACAGCUAUGGUGCGGCUCUUGGGGGCUUUUCCCCGAGGAGGGAGAAGGGCAGCCUUUCUCCCUCCUUGGGGAAAAGCCUCAAAGAACCGCACACACGCUCCUUGCAGCUCUUUAAAGAGAGCACUGAGCAGAGCCUCCCACCUGCAUUCGCUCCAUAAGACCCACACACAUUUCCCCUUACAGUGGUACCUCGGGUUAAGUACUUAAUUCGUUCUGGAGGUCCGUUCUUAACCUGAAACUGUUCUUAACCUGAGGUACCACUUUAGCUAACGGGGCCUCCCGCUGCCGCUGCACAAUUUCUGUUCUCAUCCUGAAGCAAAGUUCUUAACCUGAGGUAAUAUUUCUGGAUUAGCGGAGUCUGUAACCUGAAGCGUCUAUAACCUGAAGCGUAUGUAACCCCAGGUACCACUGUACUUUUUAGGAGGGGGAAAGUGCGUCUUAUAAGUGCAAAAUACGGUGUACUGACUUCUUUCCUUUAUUCCUAAGACCUUAAAAUUUUCACUCUUUCUAGGUUGUUGUGUCUAAUGUAUAUUACCUCUUUUUUCUACCAUUUUUCGCUUUCUUUAACCCUGCAAAGCAUCAUUCAUUCCAUACUGAUAUGCUUACUCCAGAACAGGGGGCUGUGUGCUACAGUCCUUUGGCAGCACAUUCGUUUAACGAGUUAUUUUUUCAGCUAAUGCUAAGCUCCACACAUUUUUACAUCAAAGCAAAUGUUGCAAAUUCUGCAAGGUUUCCCCCCCCCACUGAAAGAGGAAAAGGAAAUUAAGAGACUUUCCUCCCCAUCUCCCCCUAACUGGGAUGCUUCCCAAGACUGUCUGCAUCCCAGACCCAUGUUCUAAGAUCGCUGUCUGUUUUGCUCACUUGGCUAACAGCCUCUUUUAACCAAACAGGCGCCGGCUGGAAUGAUAAACAGCCACAGCUACAACUCCCGCGCCUAUUUCUUCGACAAUCCAAGGCGGUACGACAGUGACGACGAUCUUCCGAGGCUCAGCGGAGGAAGGUAGCGCGGUUGACGGGGGAGAGGGCGUUUUGUCGGCAGCCCACUUCAAAGCGUAGGGAAGGGCUGUAUAGCUCAGUGGGUAGGGCACGUGCUUUAGAACAGGCAUAGAACUCGGCCCUCCAGAUGUUUUCGGGACUAUAAUUCCCAUCAUCCCUGGCCACUGGUCCUGUUAGCUAGGGAUGAUGGGAGUUGUAGUCCCCAAACAGCUGGAGGGCCGAGUUUGCCUAUGCCUGCUUUAGAAAGUUGUGUAGUUGUUUAUUUCAUUGACGGGUGUUCCACAGGGUGGGUGCCACUACCGAGAAGGCCCUCUACCUGGUUCCCUAUAAUCUCACAGCAGGGUGGAUUUGAUUUUAAUCAAAUGGAUUUAAAUUACUAGUCAGUAAGACUUGAUUUAAAUCAUUAUUUAUUUAUUUUUUUACAGAAACUCUCAUUCUUGCUGGUAGUCUUAAUAUUUACAACCAGAUGAAGGUUUCAUUUUUGGAAUAAUAAAUUUUCAGAGUAGCUUUUACAAUAUCAAAAUUUACUGAUUUGGUCAUACUAUUAGAAAUACAUAGACAAGUAAUUAUGAAAUUAUUGUGAGGUUUAAUCAGUUAACUGUUUAUAUUUGGAUAACUUUCCUGCUGUAUUUUAUUGGAAGGAGAAAAAUAAUAAGUUCCUUAAAAAUUUUAACAAUUUGUUUAACUAAAACAAUAACAAUAUAACAUAUGUAUCCAUGUUUGUUAAUUGAUGUGGUUAAACAAUUUUAUUAAAAAGAGACUUGAGUUUUAGCACACGUGAAAAACGUACGUAACUUAAAUAGACUAUAAUGCAACUUAAAUAGAAAACUACCUUUAGAAAGAUUUUUUCUCCAAAAGCAUUUUAUUACAAAAUUCGAUUUAAAUUUAAAAAAUCCGAUUUAAAUUUUAAAAAAUCCAUUUUUUUAUUUAAAAAAAAAUCAUUGAUUUUUAUCCAUCCUGCCUCACAGCAAGAGAACUGCCAGAGAGCCCUUGGAGCUGGGCCUCAAGUGUCCAGGCUGGAUAAUGGGAGCAGAGAUACUCCUUCAGGUACACUGGGCCAAGACCGUUUAGGUCAGGCAUGGCCAAACUUGGCCCUCCAGCUGUUUUGGGACUACAACUCCCAUCAUCCCUAGCUAACAGGACCAGCGGUCAGGGAUGAUGGGGAUUGUAGUCCUCAAACAGCUGGAGAGCCAAGUUUGGCCAUUCACUGGUUUAGGUGUAGCCUUAUUGGAGUUCACCAAUUGGGUCUGCGUUGCUCCCGGACAGGAGGAAGGAAGUCAAAUGACACCGAGGGUUGGUUCAGAGAAAGAGUUCUUUAUUUCUGCUCUCCGGAACAGCAGAGAGGCACUUGGGUGGUCAGUCCACAGCAAGUCCAAAGAAAUGAGAAAUUUCAUGCAGUAUAUAUAUCGUCCAGGCACCCUCUCCCCCUUCCCCAGGAAUCCAAGCACGUCAGCUUGUACACACAGGUUGACAUCACAGAUGUUCCUGCUCCAGCACUCUUAACCAUAAAAGGGUUUUCCUUCCUGUACUCCUGACCAUAAAAGGGUAUUCCUGUUCCUACUCUUAUCUUGGAGCAAGAGGUCACUGUCUCCAAGAACACCCUCUGUCGCUGUUCCCAGACUAGGUCUGUGCGCCUUUGUGGUCAGGAUAUAAGAUCAGGCACAGACGUGUCUUCCCUGUUCUACUGGUACAGUCAAGGCCAUUCUUGCCAUCACAAACUGAUAAAGGAGAGGGCUCUGAGCACUUGUUUAUACAGCUGGGUUUUUGGCUCAUGAGCUCAAGUUAAAGCAUUUUAGCUAAGGAAAAAUAGGGAUUUUGGUGCAGUUUCAAACUGCCUGCACAGUCAGUUUUGGGUUUGGGAAACCCAUUCCUUCAUUGGUGCAUUUGGUUUUAGACUGGUUUUCCCGGACCCGCAGGACUUCCCUCCUGUCCUCUUCUUUCUCUGCAGCCUGGCUACCCCCCAGAGCUCUGGCUGGUACGGUUCCUUGACGGGGAGCGACAGCUGCGUCAUGAUCCCGCCGUUGGUGGCCCCUCCGAUGGACGUGGCCCCGCUGCUUUUCACCCACGGGAGCCUGGAUUCGAGAAGCCACCCGAACCCCCGCCUGGUGCCGUAGGACUGGAACUCGCGCGCCUCUGGGGGGCUGCGCCUGGGUGGGACGCGGACGGAGCAGGGCUCCAACCAGGUGCGCAGGACUCAGGCGGCAGCUGUCCGCUGGGUCCCCAAAUACCUAGCGCGGCUCCCGAAGUUUCCGGGACGUGGGAACUGAAGGAUGGGAGCUUUGCAAAGCCAACUCUUCUUGCCAAACGGUACUUGCAAUGAUGGAAGCCGGCAAGGUCAAAUCACAGCCCUAUAGAAGUAUUUCGUUUCAGUGGGUCAGGCCUUCCAGAGGAGGACAAUACCUUGGCAACCGAAAACAGCAGCACAGCUUUGCUGGCAGACCUUGAUGGCUGAUAAUUUGCACUUCUAACCGAACUUUCCCAAGGAACGCUCCUUCUCCCUGCCAGUCAACUGUCUCCAUCAGCUCGGGAAGACGGUUCUGGGUAACUCUUUUAAUUGCACAUCCAUAGCUGGGGAAGUUUGUUCGGUCUUCCUGCGAUGACUGGAGCAUCUCUGCGUACUAACGGUGGGGACGUUUCGGGUCGGGUGGGGAAUUCCUUGCUUCCAAACUUUUCAGAGUUUUAAAAUGGGGAAACCAUAACACACAAAAACGAAAGAAUGUUAACAAGUGUGGCACAAGUGUCAUGGUCUCACAAGGGUUAAGUUACCUUGCAGCUAUGCUUUACUAUCAAUCUGUUUAUUCCUGGGGCUGUUGAAGCCAGUUCUUCAUAUCUAUCUUUUUUUGCAUGUGGUAUGAAGCCCCUUGCGACCGACUGACUAAUGUUGAGCAUUGAUUUAUAAAACUAAAAAACUUGGUUCACACACUGGGGAAAGCAGAGCUGUUACUCAGUGGUGCUUUAUUUUUUUUAAGACAGAAUGGCUCCAUGAGGGCUAGUUGCAUGCUUCCUAGGGAUUUUGCAGAAGCAGCUGAGGUUGAUAUUUCGGCUGCUCUUAGCCAGCCAGCUACAGGUGUGGUCCGGGAUGGGAGAGCCUUCUUAGGGUUCGCUUAGCAGCCAGGAAGCAGCACGGUUAGCAUUUGGACUGCUUAGCAAUCACAAAAUAGCACUGACAUCUGCAAUGGAGAAAAAGUUUGGUUGCACUCUCUAGCAGAGUUGAAGAAAACUUUCUCUCUUCUCCUUUACUCUCUGCUUCUUCUUAAUAGAGAAGUGUAGCCAUUGAUGCAUCUUCUGGAAGAUUUUGCAGUUCAUGGCAGUCAUACUUCUCAGCAGAGAAGGGGAUAGGGGGCGGUUGCCUGUUUAUAAUGCACACAGCUGUGUUGUCUAGAGAAGCUGCAAUCCGUCCGUUUUUUAAAAAUCCAAGCUGGGAAUGUACACUCUUGAGUGGAUAGUAUUGGGAUGAAGUGAAGACUCCCUAAGGGUCAAGAGGCAGGCUGGAUGAACCCCUUCUUAUAUUGGGUCAUUUCCACCACCUUCUGGCUGCAAAAAUCUGAUUCUGCUCCCUUGUGACGGAAUGAAGACAUGUCCCCAUUGCGUAGAAGUUCAGACCCAGAGUUGGAGCUCUCUGUUCCACCAGGUUGCACGCAUUCUGCUUCUCAGGCAGUUCGAGAACAAGGUGAGUUAUCUCUAACAUUGAGAGGUAGGAGGCAGUAUCUUUCCAAACUUGGCCCUCCAUCUGUAUGGAGACUACAAAUCCCAUCAUCCCUAGCUAACAGGACCAGUGGUCAGGGAUGAUGGGAAUUGUAGUCUCCAAACAGCUGGAGGGCCAGGUUUGGCCAUGCCUUCUCGGAGUGAACGUGACUUCAGCAAAAAGUGCCGAUUUUAGAAUUUGUCGGGGGGUGUCGUGCUUGCGAAAGGGCCCGAACAAGUUUAGGUUCUUGCACAAGUUCUUCACCCAAAUAUCUGCUUGCAGCUCAGCCUCUUCAGAGAUCUGGGGAAUCUUUCACCCAUCAACUGGACUAUAGUUCCCAACAUCCCUGGCCAUUGGCCGUGCUUGCUGGGACUGAUGGGAGCUGUAGCUCAGCGGCACCUGGUGGGUCCAACCCCCCCCCCACAAAGAAACACCCCUGGGCUGAGGUCAUGUGUUGCAGAGUAGCUGUUUUGGGGGCCUAAAGCCAUCGAGGUUGUCAGCAAAUUCCACUCCCAAGUGACGCUAACCUGCCAAAGACUUGCUGGGAGACGUUUGUCCAUUCCUAGCACUGUGCUCACAAAUUCAGACGUUUGGUAGAACCAGUGUAGGCAAGGCAAUUCUUGUGUAAUAUUAAUAAUAAUGAUUUUAUUAUUUAUUCCUUGCCCAUUGGGCUGGGUUGCCCCAGAUUUCUUGACUUUGCAUAGAUUUCUUGACUCUGUUUUUUUUCUGUUCAGCUCACUCUGACCAACCAGGGCAUUUUGCUGCUCUUUGGGACUUAGUUCAGAGGCUGCUUUGGGAAAUGUGUGGAGGUUCAUCUCCAUUAGCAGACUCUUAACAGCCCCAGGACAAAAAGGAUAUUUCCCCGCCUCAAGGUACUCAUGGAGCAAAACUUCAGGUGCCAUCUGUAAGCGUUUGUUUAGGAGAGAAACAUUUCUCAUUCCAGCAGCUCUUUUGCUUUUCAGACCUCAAGAUAUCUUCCCGGGGGUAGAACUGUGUAGCUGUCCCUUUCAAUUCGCAAGCUAAUUCUGAUACCCCGUGAGGAUAUCUGGCUGGAAUAAUGGGUGUAUCUCCUGUUCACAGAUUGAGAAGGAAAACUACAUGUUACACCAGUUUUUGAAGUCACACCGAAGUGCUGGCAACUUUUCAAGAGUGGCUGCAGAUUGAGAUAAUAGCAUUAAACUCUAGUUUAGUGUUACAGGGCCAAGCCUAGGGCCCCCACCCUGAGAGACUUGUGUUCUCCUCCUCCAAUGUAGCUUUCACUGCUUUUUUAAAUUUAAAUUAACCAGUUUAGCAUUGUGUCCGAGUGCUAACCUGUGGCUAAUCUGAUUGGAACAAGCCAGCUUCAUAAACUGUGUUUUGAAGGAAACCUCACGUCGCGCUUUGCGGUAGGGAAAAGCACCCGAACUGUUCUCUUGCAACAGUAAACUGUGGUUUUUAGCGUUGCAUCAGGGCCCUGUCAGGGUGGCCAUUUUGCUGGGGGGGGGGGAGGCGGAUUCAUAAACAUGUGUCGACAUGUGAUAUUUUGACAGCUGUCAAAUUUUAAGCAUCUCUUGAAAAAGGCCAUAUUGGCGUUGUGCGUCAAGAUAAGCGCGCUCUCUCUCCCUCCCUAUCCCAAGCUAAUGUGUGACUAGGAACCCCACCCCACCCCGGCAUCAAUUGAUCCCUGACUCGGGUGAAGCAAGUCAUGUCUCGAACUCUGUGCUGCCCUCCUUCACCCACCCAAGGCAGAUCGCGCUGUUAACACCCCCUCACCCACCCGUUUUCUUUUCCGCUUAAGAGUUUUACAAUGCACUGGGAGCACUUUAUAAUUUUUGUUUUGUAGGCGGGAGGAGGGCAUUGUGUUAAGGGCUACAAGCUCCUUAUUCAACAUUUUGCACUGAAGCUGAACUUUCCCACUCAUCGGAGCCACUGCCGGUUAGGACAGCGGGGUGGGGUUGUAGAACAGAGAAUAAGUGAUGGCUGACAAGAGGUGGGCGCCCUUUUCGUUCUCGUGGACAGCUUCUUAUUUAAACAGAGAAAUCCUGCAAUGUGCGAGAGUUCGCCCGUUCGUGGUAUGGUUUGAGGGACGCCAUUUUGCCAGCUGUCCCUUCAGCCCUCGGCUGGCUGCGCCUAAUGAAUGUACCCCACGCUUAAACCUCCUUCACUCUGAACUGUAAUGCCAUUCAUGUUUUGAAAAUAAAGGUUUGUUUUUAUCUUGUGAGACGGGAGUUUUCAAAGGCUCGGCUUUGGGUUUUCUUGCUCCUCUUCAACCUUUACAGCUUGCCCCAACUCGUGGAAGGAGAGGGUUUAGGAUUAUUGCCCUCCUGACUGGCUCAUG